AGUUGAAAAUAUAUCCAUUUCAGUAAAGACGUGUGUUUUCUUGCACCUUAAAUUGAUAUUGAAAAGUGAACCUUAACACCUUAACAUAUGGCCGUAAUCGAGCCGGAUUAUUAGUUUAUUACCGCUUCAUCGACCCGUUUCGCGAGAACAAUAGAACCGCAUCGAACAAAAAUAGUACAUCGCCGAGUGGUAUUCUUAUAAAGAUUUACAAAUUUAAUGAUCUUUAUUCACUAAGCAAUUAGUACUAAGAUUGCUUAAAUUAGUAAUUGGAAGAUUAUUGAAAAAAUAUGGCUACGUCUUUGGAACAAAUUAUCAGUGUACUUGAAGAUACAGGAAAUCUAUUUAAAAAAUCGCAAAUAAAUCUUAAAAAAUGCCCGAAAUCACGAUUAACAAAAGGAUACAUCGAGUCGCGGUUAAAGUGCAUAGAAGAUUAUUGGAAAACUUUCAAAAAAUCACAUGAAGAAUUAUUACGCAUUACGACUAAAGAACAACGCGGCAUACUACCAUACUUCGUGAAUGAAGAAUACUAUGUACAUGAAGAUAUUUAUUUGUGCUUGGAAGCGGACCUUAAGGAUAUGUUAUCUGCUUUACCAGUGUCACGAUUAGCUGAAAAAAGUGUGCAGGGUACCCUGGAUGUGCAAGUGAAGCUACCCAAAAUCCAAAUUCCCUUGUUCACAGGAUGUUACGAAUCGUGGCCCGCCUACCAGGAUUUAUUUAUUUCUUUAGUACAUAACAAUACAUCGCUUAGUAGUGUACAAAAAUUACAUUAUUUGAAAACAAGUAUUGGUGGUGAAGCAGAGAAUUUAUUAAAACAUAUACAAGUGACGGAAAAUAACUACCUACAAGCUUGGAAUACACUGAAAGAAAGGUAUGGUAACAAACGACUAAUAGUUAACUCUCUUUUAAAACGACUAUUUGCACAAAAGAAAAUUAUGAAUCAGUCAGCUAAUUCAAUUAAAGCAUUGUUGGAUACAACGUCUGAAUGCAUAAAUAACUUACAGAAUUUGAAUAUUUCCACCGAUUCUUGGGAUCCCAUAAUCAUAUUUCUGGUCGUGCAGAAGUUGGACCCAGAGUCACAUAAACAAUGGGAGGCGUAUUCUUAUAAAGAAAAUUCAGAUGAACUACCCUCAUGGACUGACUUGAAGAAAUUCUUAGAAUCUCAAUUCCGUACAUUAGAAUUAGUUACACCAUUAUCAUGCACUAGAGAGCGAACUAUUAGAGAAAGAUCAUACCACGUGACAACUCCAAAUAAAACUUGUAACAUGUGCAAGAAUAACCACGCCUUAUGUCAUUGCAAGGAGUUUACAAAAUUGUCCCCCCUGGAACGUAAGGAAUUUGCCAAGAACAAUAAUCUUUGUUACAACUGUCUAGUACCAGGACACUCGGUGUUGAAAUGCCGUACACCAGUUUCCUGUCAUGUAUGUCACAAGCGCCACCAUUCUCUUCUACAUUUACAGAAGAAACCGGACACGUCGGGUCAAAUAGGUACCAUACAACCGAGUGUGUCACCAUCCCCAUGCAAUGUAGAAGAGCAAGAGGAGAUAAGAGUCAAUACAAUGGUAGCGUCUAAUUGCAAUACUAGGCAGAAGAUAGCACUAUUAGCGACCGCAAUGGUGAUAGUAAGAAGUGAACGCGAUCACACCACUGUCUUAAGGGCGCUAAUAGAUCCAGGGUCGGAAUCAUCGUUUAUAAGUGAAAAAACAACUCAGUUACUUCAACUCACUAGAACAACAGCAAAAAGAAGUAUUAUCGGAAUGGGAUCUAUGAAAACGAAUGUAAACCAAGUAGUUCAGUUCAAAGUAGUUUCAAGAUACAAGUCGGAUUAUAGCAUACAAGUAGAAGCAUACGUCGUGUCUCAACAACUGACUGCUAAGAUACCCAAAAAAUCACUUGCUGUUCAUAAUUGGCCACACCUAGAAGGAUUACACCUAGCUGAUCCAAGUUAUUGUACUCCAGGCUCCAUAGAUCUUCUUCUUGGUGUCAAAGAAUAUGCUAAAAUAUUACAAUCUGAUUUAAUCAAAGGUCCACCUGGCUCACCAUGUGCAUUAAAAACAGGUCUUGGUUGGAUUUUAUUUGGUGAGGUACAUUCUGGUGAAAAUUGUACUCAAGAAUCAAACUUUAUUUUUACACAUCAUGCAGUAGAUGUAGACGAAAUGCUGAAAGUCAUAUGGGAGGUAGAUAUGGAUACUAAAAGAAAAUUUACUAAAGAAGAGAGGCUGUGUGAAGACAUCUACGAAAAAACAUAUAAAAGAAAUGAUAAAGGACGAUACAUAGUGAAGCUACCAUUUAAGACAGAGAAUCCAGUUUCACCGGACGGAAAUACAAGAGAAAUAGCAUUGAAUAGGUUUUUACAAUUAGAGAAAAGAUUCAACAAACAACCACAAUUAAAAGAAAAAUACACACAAGUGAUAGAAGAAUACAAAAAUAUGAAACAUAUAGAAGAAGUACCAGAAGAAGAAAUACAUUCAAAAAGAUCAAUUUACAUACCACACCUUGCAGUCAUUCGUGAAGGAAAGGAGACUACUAGCACGCGUGUCGUUUUUGAUGCUUCAUGCAAAGGUUCAAACGGCAUCUCACUGAACGACGAGCUCUUAUUAGGACCAGUACUACAGGGUGAUCUUAGAAGUCUGUUGAUGAGAUGGCGAAUGCAUGCUGUUUGUUUCGUAUCUGAUAUUGAAAAAAUGUACCGAAUGAUUUUGAUAGCAAAAGAAGACAAAGACUUUCAAAGAGUUUUAUGGAGAGAUAAUCCUGAUGAACCUAUAAAAGACUACCGUUUGCUCACAGUAACAUUUGGGACGGCGUCAGCUCCUUAUCUUGCUAUCAAAACUCUCGUACAGCUAUCUAUUGACGAAGGUGAAAACUAUCCAAUUGCUACCAGGAUAAUUCAAGAGGAUUUCUACGUGGAUGAUGUUCUAUCGGGUUGUGAUAAUGUUGAAAAUGCUAUCGCAGCUGCCAAGGAGUUAAAAUAUUUAUUACAACAAGGUGGUUUUCAACUAAAGAAAUGGUCAUCUAAUAAUGCAGAAUUCAUGAGAUCUAUCAAACCAAGCGAAAGAUCCUCUAAUGUACACUUAGAUCUCAAUAUCGAUGGUACUACAAAGGCAUUAGGAAUCGCAUGGAACUUGAGAACUGAUAAAUUUGAAUACAAUUCGAGUACACAUAGCGAGUCAAUGAAUAUCACCAAACGUAGUAUUCUGUCAGAUAUUCAGAAACUCUAUGAUCCUUUAGGAUGGAUAGCACCAUUGUUGGUAAUGACAAAGAUAUUUAUACAACGACUUUGGAUGGAAAAGUACAGUUGGGAUGAAUAGAUAAG